UUAUCGUUUGGAGUUAAAUCAAGUCAUAUCUCAGAUGACAGGCCAGUGGUACUUUGAUAUCUCAACUCGUUAGUUUCAAGAUGUUGUGGGACAAGGUAUUGUUCUUUGCGAUUUGUGUUGUACUUCUCGGUAUUUCUACAUCGGCUCCUCGAUCAAAAGGUGAAACUGGCCUUUGCUUCGGCUUUCCUUGUCCUGAAAUGACAGUUGGAUGUAAGAAGGUAAGAAGGACCUCAGAUGAUAGAACAACCCUAGUUGAAACUGUCUCUUGCGUGAACGAUAAAGGUCUCAGUAUUCAGAAUCACACCAAAAGUUCUCCGAGUCCCUAUGGACCACAAUUUUUUCAGACCGCAGAGUACGAAGGAACUUACAGAGUCACGAAGGAUGGAAGAAACGAAUACAUAAAAAUUAAAGACUUGAAUAAUUAAUCGUAUACAGAAAAAAUGGGAUUUUUAUCGAGUGUAUUUUCGAAUUUAACUUUUCUUUUGCAAAUAUUGUGAAAUGAUAUAAUAAUAAAUUAGUUUUCGAGCUA